AUGAAAACUCUUCUUAAAGUUCAUAAAGUCUGGGAGGUAGUAGAUAAUGAAUCACUCGACGGUGACAAGAACGAUGUGGCCACAGCUUUACUCUUCCAAUCCAUACCCGAGGCAUUUAUCUUGCAGAUUGGAGAGUUAGAUACGGCAAAGAAAGUGUGGGAUGCCAUAAAGGCAAGACAUAUGGGAGCAGAGAGGGUAAGAGAAGCAAGAUUACAAACUCUUAUGGCAGAAUUUGAUCGACCUAAGAUGAAGACCACUGACACAAUCGAUGACUUUAGCGGCAAGUUAUCGGAGAUCUCAUCAAAAUCGGCUGCCUUAGGAAAAACUAUUGAGGAACCAAAGCUGGUUAAGAAGUUUCUCAAGAGCCUUCCUCAUAAGAAAUAUAUACAUAUCGUCGCUUCACUCGAACAAGUAUUGAAUCUCAAUACUACAAGCUUCGAAGACAUCGUAGGUCGUCUAAAAGCAUAUGAAGAACGUAUAUUCGACGAAGAAGAAGACGUCCAAGAAGACCAGAGUAAAUUGAUGUAUGCAAACAUGGAGGCUCAACCACAACAAUCAUAUCGUAACUCCAAUGGAGAAAAUAGAGGCAGAGGUCGAGGAGGACGCUUCAAUAGCAGGGGAAGAGGUCGUGGACGAUUUAAUAGUGAACGAGAUUUGUCUAAAAUAGAAUGUUACCGAUGUGAUAAAUACGGUCACUAUGCAUCCGAUUGUCCCGACAGAUUACUAAAACUAAAGCUCCAGGAGGCACAAGAGAACGAAGACAACAACGAUACGCAAGAAGCUGAAAAACUAAUGAUGCAUGAGGUGGUGAUGCUCAAAGAAAGAAACGUUAAACAAAAAGAUUUUGAAGCAAAUUCAGAUGGAGAUAAUGUUUGGUAUUUAGAUAAUGGGGCGAGUAAUCAUAUGACCGGAAACCGCAACUAUUUCAAGGAGAUUGAUGAGUCUAUGACGGGAAAGGUGAGAUUCGGAGAUGACUCUCGUUUAGACAUAAAAGGGAAGGGCUCGAUACUGUUUUACAGCAAGAAUGGAGAGAAAAAGAUGUUAGCUGAUGUCUACUUUAUACCAGAGUUAAAAAGCAAUAUCACUAGUCUUGGUCAAGCAACGGAGUCUGGAUGUGAUGUCAAGAUGAAAGGAGACUAUCUCACACUACAUGAUAAAGAUGGAAAUCUGAUUACGAAAGCCAAAUGA